GCUUCUUGCCUACUACCGCCAUAAACACCGGCACGACCUUAGCUCUCCACCACUCUAUCGCUUCUCACAUCCUCAAUGGCUCCCAAACCCGCCUCUACCGCUGGAAAAGCUCCUGCCUCCACCGCCAGCAAGGCCCCCGCUAAGACUGAGGGUGCAAAGGCCGCGAAGAAAACUUCUAAGCCUGCCCCCGCUGACGGCGAGAAGAAGAAGCGCAAGAAGUCCAGAAAGGAGACUUACUCUUCCUACAUUUACAAAGUCCUCAAGCAGGUCCACCCCGAUACUGGUAUCUCCAACAAAGCAAUGGCGAUCCUUAACUCGUUUGUCAACGAUAUCUUCGAGCGGAUCGCGACAGAAGCUUCCAAACUAGCGACUUAUUCGAAAAAAUCAACUAUCUCGUCUCGUGAGAUCCAAACAUCCGUUCGCCUGAUCCUCCCUGGUGAACUCGCCAAGCACGCCAUCUCUGAAGGUACCAAAUCAGUUACCAAGUAUUCGUCAGCGGGUACCAAGUAGAUUUGCUUCGUUGGAGGAUUCUGUUCAUUUUGUCUUUCAGUUUAUCUUGUACUGUAUCUGUACUAUUCACGUAUUUAUAAUCUCAAGUUAUAAAUUCUCUUCGUUAUCGACUGAGGUCACGUCGUAUCUCGUGUAGUAUGUUCGCGGUCGGC